AUGCCGAAGAGGUGUGCUUUUGUUCAGAACGAGCAGGGUCGUGGACCUUGCCUCCGUGCUGCGAUCGAGUCCCAUCUCGUGAAGAGUGCAUUGCGCAGACUCAACGCCAGCGCGACAAGCGGAUAUAUCUAUGAGGUAAAGCGCGACAGCAAGCUUGAACCAGCGUUCGCAAGUUCCGGUCAACCAUGUCAAUGGCGUUCGUGGUUAGAUCAGGCCAAAGCGCUAGCUCCACUGCAAAGUAGCGUUGGCGCGAACCGUCGAUUCGAGUUGGGCGAUCAGAUGGAUUCCUAUGGCACAUCACCAUUCCCUACAUCACCAAGGCUUGACCCUUCCUCACCCCGCAACUUUUCGACAACAUCGUCCUUAUCUGGCUCCAGAGAACUCGGACGACCAGUGCUAGAGGUGACCACCAAGAUGUUCACUGCCAGCUCGUCAAACCCUACAGCUCAGUCUGGGACUUCAGCAAGUCCGCUGCAGCUUGCAACUUCAGCGUCAGAUGAGCCGGAACUCGAUCCAAUCGAACCAGCUCCAACUGAUGUCGCCUUUCAUGCCGAGCCACAAGGCUUGAUGCAGAUGCUCAGCCUUGUCGGAAGUACCUUCUUCGAAGCCGAUCGCGAAGGCUUUGUGGAAGACUGGCUUCUUCAGCUGACUCCCCCUUACCUUCACCUCUCGACCAUUGGGUCGAGAGGUGAUGUCCAACCGUAUAUCGCACUCGCAAAGGGCUUGCAAGCAGAUGGUCAUCGAGCGAGAAUCGCAACCCAUGCCGAGUUUGGGGAUUGGAUCAUCGGUCAUGGUAUCGAUUUCAGCGAGAUUGGCCGUGAUCCUGCUGAGCUCAUGCGGAUCUGUGUCGAGAAUGGCACCUUCACCGUCUCUUUCCUACGUGAAGGAAUGACUAGGUUCUGUGACUGGCUCGACGAUUUGUUAGCAUCAGCGUGA